GGCUCUGACUCUUUUACCCGGAAAUGGCGUGAAGAGGCACUCUGGGGUUGGUGCCUACCAAACCUGGGCAACUGGCGGGUUCCAUGAGCCUUCCUCAGCCCACCUGCGCCAGUCCUUUAGGGCUGUGCGGGAUCGUCUGCCCUUCCCAGUUGGGAUGGGCUACAGGUGUUCACGACUCCUAUCUCCUACUUCCACAGGCUGGGACUGUGGGAGGUCAAGGUCUGACUUCGAUUUUGAAUAUCCUUUCAAAAGGCAAGGUUGGCUGAGGAGCCAGCGGCGCACGAACGGGUGCAGGUGGCUCGGGUCCUUCUCAGAGUAAGGGCAGCUCUUUCUUCGAGGACCAGGCAUAGCCUGGGUGAUGGCUAGAAAUGCAUAAUCUCAGGCUGCAUCCCAUACUUCCUGAAUCAGAAUCUUCACGUUAACGACAUGCCUAGGUGAUUUUUGUGCACGUUACUGUUUGAGAAUUGCUGCUUUAAGCUUCGCAUGAUUUCUGGUGUAGAAGGCAAUGUUGAUGAAUGCGUUUGGUUCUGGAGACGGUAGCCUAUACUGCAGACCUAAAGGAGAGGUUAAGGUGUGAGUCUUGUGCGUCAGACUUAGGAUCUUUAUGCAUUCCAGGUAUCACUUGUCACUUAAGGUGGUAUAAUGAAAGUGAUAUGAUACAAGUAGAUAACCUAUGUGAGCAUAGGUAUCAGGGAGUGUACAGAAGCAAUCAGGAAAGGGAAACUAAUAUACACAAUGAGGCAUUAGUCAACCUGAGGUUUAAAGACUGAUAGGAUGUGUAUUAGGAAUGAAUCUAUUCCAUCUGCUUAGCGUCCCACAAACAUAGUUUCUAGGCAAGGAAUUCACUUUAUAAUAAAAGGAAUGUGGUCACCAGUUGCCAAGAUGGCCCCCAGUGACCCUGGUCUUGUGUAGUCCCUUCCCACAUUGACUUAGGCUGACUUUGUAUCUUUUUUUUUUUUUUUUAACGUUUAUGUAUUUUUUAGUGGGAACGGGGAAAGGGCAGAGAAGGAGGGAGACAGAGAAUCCGAAGCGGGCGGUUCCGCGCUGACGGCAGUGAGCCCAAAGUGGGGCUCAAACUCAGGAACCGUGAGAUCGUGACCUGAGGCAAAGAAGGAUGCUCAACCGACUGAGCCGCCCAGGUGCCCCUGACUUUGUGUCUUAACCCAUUUUGGCUGCUAUUACAAAAUACCCUAGACUGGGUAGUUUAUAAACAACAGAUUUUUUUUCACAGUUCUGGAGGCUGGGAAAUCCAGGAUCCAGGUGCUUGUGCAUUGGUGUGGUGAGAGCCCACUUCCUGUUUAUAGAUGGCUUUUCUUUUCAGUGUAACCUCACACAGUGGAAGGGACAAGGGAGCUUUCUCGGACCUACUUUUAUAAGGGCACUAAUACUCUUAGUGAGGGUUCUGCCCUCAUGACUGGAUCACCUCCCAAAAGCCCUGCCUCCUAAGGACCCUACCAUCACCUUGGGGCUAGGAUUUCAGUAUAUGAACUUGCUGGGGACAUAACCAUUCUCUCCUUAGCACCGUGCAAACAGCAGAAUGUUGUGGAAAUGAUGACGUGUGACGGUAGGAGCUCCAUCAUAAAAGAUAAUGUGAUUUCCAUGUUGCUCUCUUGAAUCUCUUGUUCUGUGGGAAACCGAUUAACUCUGUUGCAAGGACAUAUGAAGUUGUCUCCAUGGAGAAGUUCAUGUGAGGGACUGAGUUUCCUGCCAAAAGUAGCAUGAGGGCACCGCCUUGGAAGACCAUCCUGCAGCCACAGUCAAGCAUUCAGAUGACUGAGUCCCUAAGGACAACUUAACUGCAGUCUCAUGACAAGUCCUGGUCGAGAACAACCAUUCAUCUAAACCAUUAACAGGUUCCUGACCUAUAGGAAUUGUGUAAGGUAAAUGUUUUGUUUUUCAGUAUACAGUGUAAGUUGCAUACCGGUGGACAAUAUCUGCUGGACUUUCUGCCAACCAGGAAUUUAUGGGGCAAGGAAACAAGAGGUAGGAGGAGUAGACUCGCACCACUGGUUGUAAUACCGGAUGAUCUCCUUGCACAAUUUUGCUUCUUAUCCCAGCAACACUGGGCUCUGAAGAGACUUCUUGCCGGCCAAUUUGGACUCAUUUUGCUGCUGGAUAAACUCACCAAAAAAGAGAUUCUAAUAUUGUUACGAAUUUGACGAUGACUAGAAAAUAGUUUUGCUGCUACACGAUGCUAGCAGAGAGGAAUAUGGAUGGCAAGAUCUCCUGGAGAGGAUUCUGGAAUUGCCGUGACCUGUGAUGGCAGCUAAUGAAAGACUAAGAUAAUCUUAUGUGGGCAAGGUCGUAAAGAGGUCAACUCUCUCUGACAUGAAAGUUUGAGUGACUAUAUCAGAUUUUAUUUUAUAUUUAUUUAUUUUUAUUUUUUAAUAUUAUUUAUUAUUAUAAUUUUUUACUAUAUCAGAUUUUAGAAACUUGAACAGCCAAGAUGCUGGCUAAAGACAAAGGGAACGUGAAUUAAAUUGUGGAUAAGGAAAAUUACUAAUAUCAACUAAGGAUUCAUGGCUACCUGUGGAAAUGAACACUACAACUUCCAGUCAUAUUUUCUUCCUUCCCAUGUUGUGUUUUCGUCUAUGUAUUUUUGCCAGCUAGCUUUCUUCUUCUUUUCUCUGCCUUCGUUCCUCUCUUUUACGUACACGUAGCAUAUGUAAUUACUGGUUAGCUUUCAAGUUUGAUUCAGAAGUAAUAGAAUGUCACUCUGGGAACAUGAUUGGAGUAGCAGAGAUCCCGUUAUGGGCCUGGAUACAGUAACUGAUGGGCUUGAGUUGUUUCCAUACUGUGAGCAGUAUAGUUGCAUUAUGUUUAGGCCAGAUAGUUUCUCUUCUAUUGAAGCAUAAAUUGGUAAGAGGGAUAUGUGUUAAUGUUGUGUGCAACUGGAGGGGUGGAUUCUAGAGGGCAUUUAUCAUGCUUUUUGGCUUCCCAACUUCUGUGACGUUUCUCAAGCUUAGGUAAUUUCUCACUUCAUAAUUCUGGUUGAGAAAAAGCCAGCUUCUUCCUACGUAACAGGACACCCUGAAUAAUUUAUUUCCCAGCUGCUCUUGCAGCUAAGAUGUGGCCAUAUGACUACCCAUCAGGUAACCUGACUCUGCCUCUGACAGGAAGAAGGGGAGACCAGGAGGACCUUUUCCAGCAGUGGCAGUCGUUGCCGGAAGUGGAUUCCCAAGUGCUGCUGGUGGCAUCCCAUGUCCAGUGAUAGUUGUGUCAGAGCUGUGAACUGUAACAUUUCGGCUUGGCGUCAGCAGAAACACCUGUGCUAAUCAAACCAGUUCUGUGGUGUGAUUUGGGCCAUUAUAGUUGGUGUGUGACCUUCUGGCCUGGUUCUCCACCUGCUCAGUGUUUUUGAAGGGUAUCCAUUCAAGAAAUCCUUUUCUGAUUACCUCAGUAAGACUUGAUUUUUGUCAUUCGCAACUAAGAACUGUGAGUGAGGCUACGAUGUAGCCAAUCAUCAGAAAAGGUCUUGAACUCUGAGCUGGAUAGCCAUCUCUCCAGCUCAUCUCUACUUUUCUGUGUGUUUGCAUUCUUUGCCCUUCUCUAUAGACUUUGCUUCUGCAUCUGUGAGGCAGUCAGGAAAGAGUUGCAAGCUUCUAGAUUUACAUAUUUAGGCCAAGUCCUCCCUCCCCUAGCUACUUCUGAAAGAAAGAAAGAGAGGGGGGGGGGGAGGAAAGAAGAAGGAAAGGGGGCAGAGAGAAAAAGUAAAGGAAGGGAAGAAAGGAGGAAGGGAUGGAGGGAGGGACAGAGGGAAGGAAGGAGAGAAAAGAGAAAAGGAAAAAGAAGGAAAAACUGAGAAUUACCCACAGGUCCUCAGCCUCAGUUCCAGGUUCCCUAAUCCAGUCACGAAUCAUCACUGGACAGGAGGUGUUGGAGUGUAAAUUGGGCUGCUGGAUUCCACACCCCUGUGAUGCUCGGAUUAGGGGACCAUUUUCAGAAAAGGGUGAUCCGUUGUGAGCUGGGAAGACAUUGUGAAAAAAUCUACUCCAGGAGCCUGGGGUUUCUCAGUCAUGGUGUGCUAUUGCAUCUCUGAUAGAUCUGUUACCCACCCCACCCCCCAAUUACAAACAGGUUAUCCUUUACACCAAAUGCUUUAAAGGAUUUAGUACAACUCCGUAAUGCCACCCUGAACCCCUUCCCAGCAUCCCUAUCUGUAAGUGACGAGAUAUGAAAGAAAAAAAGGGGUUCACUCAGGUAACACUGCCAUAACCCUAGUUUCUGACCUAAGAAAAUAAGAAAAAUCUUUUAGCAAUAAGAUUUUCACAUCCACAGACAUAAGCCCGGAUAAGCAAGGUGAUGCAAUUUGAGGUCUCAGGGAAUUUUCUCUGAGACUUAUCUCUGCCCAGAUUGUUUUGUCUCCAAGUUCCGACCCAGGGGUUAAAUCCUUAUACUUUGUCAUCACUGUUGGGUCCACAGGGACCAGGAAAUAGGUGGGACAAUUAAUUUCUGCUUGUCUCUAACGAGGCUCUCAGGGAAUCUGGUCCCAAUGGCCAUGGAAGCCACUGUAAAUACCUGUUUCUAGAUCCUCCCCAACAUCCUUCUCUACACAGAGGUCUCAGACCGCGAACCUCCACUUCUCACUUGCUCGGGAUCUACCAAUAUUUCCACUACUUUCCAAUCCUUAUAUUAAAGAGGAGCAUUGGUUGGUUCCUCAAAGGUAAAGAACCCUUGAUAACAACAGUACAAACUUCUUCCAGGUAGGAUUAUAACAGAUUAUAUAUACAUAUACAUAUAUAUGUGUGUAUGUGUGUGUGUAUUUUUUCCACUAAUGCGAAGAGCUUUCUUUAUCAAACCUUCCAGAUCCAGUGGGGUGCCUGGGUGACUUAGUAGGUUAAGCAUCUGAUUCUUGGUUUCGGCUCAGGUCAUGAUCUCACGUUUUGUGAGUUCUAGCCCUGCAUCGGGCCCUGCACUGACGAUGCAGAGCCUACUUGGGAUUCUCUCACUCCCUCUCUCUCUCUCUGCUCCUCUCCCACUUGCUCUCUCUGUCUCUCUUGAAAUAAAUAAACUUAAAAAAAAAAAACAAAAACAGAUCCAAGGAGUAAUAGAAAGAGUCCUGAAUCCAUCAGCUGGAGCUUGAGAUAAACCCAGUAAUAAUCAACUGUUUCACUUAUCUUUGUGAGCUGCUAAGAAGUGGCAGAAAGCCUGGCAAUGUUAGAAGAAACAUUACAUAAUGGCAGAGAAGGGCUGUGUUUGUGCCUGUUUGUUGUUUUUAUAUUUGAUACAAUUUUAAAGAUUAGUGCAAUGGGACUAGCAUCAUCUAGUACUGGGAGUUGGAAGCUCAGGGUGUAGAGACCAGGGGUGGAUCCCGACUGAGCAAUUCUAAUGCAGGUUUCGUUAACGUGACCAUGUGGCUGGAUGGAGCUUAGAUUGAUGUGUCCAAACCCAGAACUUCUAGGUUUCUGAGCUCUGCCUCUCUUCUCUGCAUCUGAGUCCAGCCCCAUGAGAGGAGCGAACCAGUCGAGUGUCUCCGAGUUCCUCCUCCUCGGGCUCUCCAGGCAGCCCCAGCAGCAGCAGGCCCUCUUUGCGCUCUUCCUGAGCAUGUACCUGGCCACGGUCCUGGGAAACCUGCUCAUCCUCCUGGCCAUCUGCGUGGACCCCCGCCUGCACAUCCCCAUGUACUUCCUCCUCAGCCACUUGUCCUUUGUGGACAUCUGCUUCUCCACCACCACUGUCCCCAAGAUGCUGGCCAACCACAUCCUUGGGACUCAGACCAUCUCUUUCUCUGGGUGUCUCACACAGAUGUAUUUUGUGUUCAUGUUCAUGGACAUGGACAAUUUCCUCCUGGCUGUGAUGGCCUAUGACCGCUUUGUUGCCAUAGGCCACCCCUUACACUACUCGACAAAGAUGACCCACCAGCUCUGUGCCCUGCUGGUUGCUGGGUCAUGGGUCAUUGCCAACCUGGAUGUCCUACUGCAUACCCUGCUGAUGGCUCGACUCUCGUUCUGUGCAGACAAUGCCAUCCCCCACUUCUUCUGUGAUGUGACUCCCCUCCUGAAACUGUCCUGCUCUGACACCCAUCUCAAUGAGAUGAUGGUUCUUAUCGAAGCAGGGUUGAUCAUGAUCGCUCCACUUAUUUGCAUCCUGGCUUCAUAUGUCCAUAUUACCUGCGCUGUCCUGAGAGUCCCGUCCACGAAGGGAAGAUGGAAAGCCUUCUCCACCUGUGGCUCGCACCUGGCCGUGGUUUCCCUCUUCUAUGGCACCAUCAUUGCUGUGUAUUUCAACCCUUUAGCCUCACACUCAGCUGAGGCAGAUAUAGCAUCUGCUGUGAUGUUCACGGUGGUGACCCCCAUGUUGAACCCCUUCAUCUACAGCCUGAGGAACAAGGACAUAAAAGGGGCUCUUGGAAAAGUGGUUGCUCUGAAUAUUUUUCUACCUGGUAAUCAAAUGGGCUAAGAAAAUCAGGCAGGGAACUAGUUUCUAAGAAGACCAUAUUUGCCUUUUCUAUUGUGCAAAGCUCAGCAUUUGUUGUGUGUGAGAGAAUCAUCAAGUGUCUGUCUUGGGAGACCAGAUUUGAUACAGCCUCUUCAGCUAAGGAUGGAGAGCAAGAUCCUUUUACCAAAUAACUUACUGCACCUGUUAGUGCCCUGCAGCUAAAACCCACUAGCAGCACAUGUCUUGUUGAAUGAGUGGUUUAUCAGGCUCAGUGGGGAGAAUACAUACCAUCGGGAGUUGUGAGGCAUCUUAGCAGGAAGGUGUUAGACAGGAUUUAUAAAAGGCUUGUUGUCUGAGGUGAAUUUAGUGAGGAUUUAAGGAAAUGGGUCUGUGCUCUGGAUUUCACACUGUCACAUAGUAGGGAUGAUUUUGAUGGAGUAUCUUAAAAUAUUUUAUCUAGGAGGGAAGACUAGACUAAGGCAAGACUGUGAUUGGCAGAGAAGUAGCAUUAAUUCGUAUCAGCCAACAUAGGGGGAGUUUGGUCAUUUUUGUGGCUUGGACAGUGUUCGGACAUGAUUACAGAGUGGUCUCUCUUUGUCUUGCUCCAUGAUGGUCACAGAGCAGCCCUGUGUGGUACUGUGGUUGUGUUCAUCCUGAGAACAUGGCGUCUAUCUGUGAGUGCCAGGCCAUCUCCUGGGUGUCAGGACUGGUUUGUCUUUCUCACAACAGAGACGCAGAGAUAAGAGUACAUCUUAUGGGAAGCUCAGACCGGUGGGGGUAGGAAAGGGAAGGGUUCAUUUAGGGCUCCAAGAAGCCCUAAUUCUGCCACGAAUUCAAGCUAAUUAUUUGUUAUGUUCUUAUCUGAGCUUUCUGGGUCACACAGCAUUACAGCAGGAAUAAGUGGGAGAUACACAAUAAUAUCUUCGAAAAUCUCCACUGUGUCAGUGAACUGCAUCUUUUUUCCACACUGUCUUCAGUUUAUGUCAGUGCGCUGAGAUAUUUUACAUAGUUACUAAUUUGUAUCCUGAUUUCCCACUAUAAUUUUAUAAUAAAGCUUUUCAAAAUUGC